AUGGCGUCGACAGCCGUGCGAAAUGGCAGUAUCGCCAGCGGUCUCAACGGCGGGGCGGUAGGAAUUACACCUGCGUCACGCUUUGCCGAUAUCCCGUCCGCGAUCGAUAUUCCUGUGUCCGGUGGACUGGACGCCGAUGAAGCGGUCGAGGUCAAUCUCGAGGAUCACCUCGACGACCCCACGGAGCUCUGCCAACUGUUGGAAAAUGAAAAAGCUGCUAAGAAUCUAUGGAUCACAAUUGCUUUGGCAUACGCAAAACAGGCGCAAAUUGAUCAUGCAAUCGAAAUCUUGGUCAAGGGCAUGGGUUCCCUCUCAAGAAGUGGGCCCAAAGAACGUCUGAGCCUACUGACCUGUGUGGCCUGGUUGAAUCUUCUCAAGAGCAGACAAGCCCCACGAGUCUUGCCUGAAAACCAGCAAUCGUCCGAUACGAAGACCAAAGAUCAUUACCUGCGCGAAGCCACUGCCUCGAUCAACGACGCACUUCGAAUCAACCCUGCCUUUCCUCCACUGUAUCUCACUAGAGGCGUUCUCUUCCUCCUCCGAGCCUCCUUGCAAGCAUCAACCAAGGCUGGAUCAGAUGCCGAAAGAGCAGAAUCCCUUAAACAGGCUCUCAAGUGUUUCGACGACGCGCUGAGAGCUUCCGAGGGACGCAACAUGAUGGCGGCAAUCGGAAGAGCUAGGACACUCUAUCUGCAGAAGCAGUAUGGCCCAGCACUGCAAGUAUACCAAGAUGUGCUCGCCAAGAUGCCCGGCCUCACAGACCCGGAUCCGCGGAUAGGCAUUGGCUGUUGUCUCUGGCAGCUGGGAUACCAGGACAGAGCGAAGACGGCUUGGGAGCGAUCACUAGCACUGAAUCCCGACUCAAAGAUUGCACAUUCUCUGUUGGGUGUGUACUAUCUAUACGAAAGCUCCAAAUACCCGGCCUCCGACCCUCAAUUCAAUGCUCUCUACAAGAAGGCAAUGAUUGACCAUACGAAACAGGCUUAUACUAUCGACAAGAACUACCCACUUAGCUGUGCCACUUUUGCCAGCUAUUUUCUCCUGACUGGCCGCUACGAUACGGUGGAACCUUUAGCACGGAAGGCCAUCGAACAGACCGACAUCAACGCAAUCGCCAGUGACGGUUGGUAUCUGUUAGCUCGAAAAGAGCACAACAAAGGUGACCUGCCAAAAGCAAAUGACUAUUACAAUAGAUCCGACCAGGCACGAGGCGGUCUAGAUCGAGGCUACUUCCCUGCAAAAUUCGGUCUCAUUCAGAUUAUGAUUCAGACCCAGGACAUCCAGAGUGCCAAGUUUCGACUCGAAAAUCUCGCUCAGCUCAACCGACAUGUAGAAGCCAUGACGCUCCUGGGUUGUUUGUAUGCCGAAGAAGCAUUCUCGGCUCAGAGCACGGCGACCAAAGAAGAUAAAGCAACGGCAGCGCGGAAGGCCAUACAACUGCUAGAGAAUGUUCGAAAAACUUGGAAAGACGAGAAGACCCGGAACAAGCCCGAUGAGUCGGUUCUACUCUACCUCGCACGUCUGUAUGAGCUCGAAAAUCCAAUCGAAAGCCUAAAGUGUCUCCAAACAGUCGAACAGAUGCAGCUCGAGAAAAUUCCCGAUGAGGAUAAGCCGGAUCCAAACGAGGAGGAAGCAACGUACAUUGCUCUACUGCGCGAAAACCUGCCUCCGCAGCUUCUUAACAACAUGGCGUGCUUUCUAUACGGGCAAGAGUCAUACUCCUUGGCUCGAGAGACAUUCCAGAUUGCGCUCAACGCAUGUGUCAGACUCACUGAGAAGCAAGAGGCCGAGAAGAAGGCACUGGAAGAAGAAAAGAUCAAUGCGGAGGAUGUUGACAAUAGCGACACUGAUGCUCUGGUGACCACGAUUUCAUACAACCUCGCCAGGACUUUGGAGGCCUUGGGCUUGACAGAGGAGGCUCAGAAAGUGUAUGAAGGUCUACUUGCCAGACAUUCCGACUACACGGAUGCCUCUGCCCGCUUGGCGUUCAUAGCCUUGGAAACGUCACCGCGAGACGAAGGACCGCGAAAGAUCCACGCAGUAUACCAAAGUGACUAUGGGAACACCGAAGUCAGGGCAUUGAUGGGCUGGUACCAUCAUAGCGCCAAGAAAAAGACUACCAACAUUGCCGAAGAUACUGAGAAUCGCCAUUACAAGCACACAUUGCAGGGCUACGACAAGCAUGACCUUUACUCUCUCGUUGGUAUGGGUAACAUUCAUCUUACAAUCGCAAGAGACAUGCCCCGAAACACAGAUCAGGAAAAGGAAAAGCGGAGCAAGAUGUAUGCCAAAGCAUACGAGUUCUUCGACAAAGCGCUGCAACUGGAUCCUAAGAACGCUUAUGCCGCACAGGGUGUUGCGAUCGCUCUUUGUGAUGACAAGAAAGCAUACUCGGACGCUCUGCAAAUAUUCACCAAGGUCAAGGACACUCUCCGCGAUGUGUCGGUCAACACGAAUCUUGGCCAUGUGAUGACAGAACUUCGGCAGUAUCAACGUGGCAUUGACAACUACGAGAUUGCACUGAGAAAGGAAGGCAAAACGGAGAAUGCCCAAUUGUUGGCGUGCCUGUCGAGGGCAUGGUUAUUGAAAGGCAAGGCUGAUAGAUCUAUCCCUGCUCUGAACACUGCUCUCGAUUACAUGAAACGCGCGCUGGCUACUCAACCGGACUCUCCUCAUUUGCAAUUCAAUGUGGCUUUCAUUCAAUUCCAAAUUGCACAACAUGUGAAUCAAGCCAAGGAGACGGAUCGGACCCUUGAAGAUGUGGAUGCCGCUAUCGCUGGGCUUGAGCAAGCCAUCGAUACUUUUGAACGAGUUGCUCGUCACAAACAGCCACCAUAUCCCCGAACAGCACUUGAACAGCGAGCGGCUAUGGGCAAAAACACCAUGAGAAACCAGCUGGAGCGACAACGUGGGAGGCAGGCCGCCUAUGAAACCGAAAAUGCCACGAAAUUGAAGGAAGCAAAGGAGAGGCGUCAGGAGGAGCUCCGCAAACGCGAAGAAGCGGCAAGAAGACGCAAACAAGAGGAAGAGGAACGCGCCCAGAAGAUUGCAGAAGAGCGGCGAAAAAUCGUCGAGGAGACGGAGAGAAUUGCCGAGCAGAUUCGAGCCGAGGCAGCAGCAAGGGAAGCUGCCGAGUAUACGGACGACGAAGAAACCGGGGAGCGAGUGAAGCGAAAGAAAAAGCCGAAGGCUGGAGGCAAGCGAAAGAAGAGAGAUGAUGAAGACGGAUUCAUCGAAGACGACGACGACGGAAAGAGUGAAAGAAGCAUAUCACGAACCCCAAUGAGUGGCACAGACAACGAAGCUCCGGCGGAAAUUCCAAAGAAGAAGAGAAGAAAGUUGGAGAGGAAAAGUGCUCCAAGAGAAACGCCACGGCGAAAGAAUGACAAAUUCAAAUCCGCAGCCGUGGUUGUCGACUCAGAUUCUGAAUUGGAAGACGAAGCAAGUGCUGUCGCGACCCCAGAAGAAGUUCCCGAUAAAGACGAAGAAAUGGAAGGUCUACGCGAUGAGCACGAAGAAGAAGAGGAACAAGUUCGACCAAAACCCCCGCCUAGACAACGCAAACAACUUCGGACUAUUGCCGAUGAGGAUGAUGAGGAUGAGGAUGAGGAUGAGGAUGAGGAAGAAGACUUCAAUCCUGGCGCCGGUGGUGAUGCGGACGCACCAAGGAAUUCUGACGAGGUCGGCUCUAGGAAUAACGAUGAUGAUGAGUAG